AUGACCGAACUAACCUUAACCAUUUCAACAAAUGUUAAUAAUUUAUCUCGUUUACCGAGAAAUGGGAAGAGUAAAAAUCAUUCUCCUCUAACGGAAGAAAAUUUAAAACUUCAUACUGGGAUGAUGCCUUCGUCACGAGAAACCAAAACGCAUUUUGUAUUGGUAUACGUUGAUUUACAGAAAAAAUUAGUUGCUUUGGAGGCUCAAUUAAGAAAAGAAGCUCAAGAAGCCGAAAAAAGAUUUAGUGCAUCUUUACCAGAAAAUACACCACCUGUCAUACCUGAAGUAAUAAAUGUACCAUCAUUAUCAAAUUCUAGAUCAAUUCCUAAGGAUAAAGGACAUACUUCACCCUUUCCAACAAAUGAUAUUUAUUCGAUUGAACCUGAAGCAAUCCCUAAACUUUUGGACUCUGUAAUAGAUCAUAGAAGAAAAGAUUUAGCGUCUUUAAGAGCACAACCUUCAAUACCACCAUCACCUUCUCAGUCAACCGUAAGAUCAAGGAAUUCUUCUCAUCGAAAAGCACCUUUCAUUACCUAUUUAUCAAAACCAGUUCCUAACAGGACCAAUAGUGCGGACACAAUGCACACCCUUUCUGUUAAUCCAACGACUCCCUCAUCAUCUCUUAAUAAUAACGUUUAUAAUUAUAAUUCUUCCCCUUCUUUACCCCCUACUCCAAAUACGAUAACCCAUUUUAAUGUGGAAAAAAGGCAUGAACUUUCUUCAUUAAUAAAUAACUCUACACCGCCUUCUCCUGGUAUUGAAAAGUGCGAAAACGAUGCUUGUAAUGUACAUCGUGAUAGCGGAAUCUCUUUGGUAUCUCCCGUAAAGCCUGGUCACCAUUCACGUGAACACUCAAUUUCUUCAAUAUUACGGAAGAUGGGAAGUCGUCAUGCUUUUCAGAAAGAACAUCAUCAUCAAUUUGAUGGUCAUCGUAAGGAAAGGGGUUGGGCCCCAUUUUCACCCAAGGAUAAUGAUACGGAAUUAUUAGCAUUUCGUUAUCCAAGUAUACAUAAUACUGAUAUUUAUAUUCAUAGAGAUUCUAGUGGGAUGGAGGAACAAGAUAAUAGUAGCAGCAGCGGCGUUGCGCUCAUUUCAGAAUUAGAUGGUAGUACUGGGAAACAAAAAGAAAGAGAACGCUCAGUGACAUUUGAUUUGGAUGAUCAACAAGUGUUAACAUCAGAUGAAGAAACCGGAUUGGAUAAGAGGAAAGGAAAUAGAGGCUUAAAUUCAACAGUGAUUCCUCAUAUUGAUUUAUCAGAUUUGAGUAGUUUACCUAUGAUGGAUUUUAAAUAA